AUGAUACGGACAAAGCAACAACUUAAUGCAGUCAAGAAUUCUGCAAAUCAAAUUGACAUAUUUCAAAAUCAGUUUAAUGAGGACAGCCGAAAAAGAUCCCUGGAAAGUCGAGAUAGUGAUGAUGAUUAG